UUUUUUUCAAGUUUUUUAAACCAUGUAAAUUAUUUCUAAAUCAAUGUUAUCAUUUUAAAAUAAUGUAGGAUAAUAUACUGUGUAAAAUAGAAUUAAUCAAUGUAUAAUCCAAAAUUUAAAAGCUAAUGUGUAAUAAUAUUCUGUUGAAAUGAAGAUAUUUAGAAGUUGUUCUUGGUUUUAUAACCAAUUAAUUUUAAAUUCUUUAAAGAACAGAAAAUUUUUAGAUAGUAAAUAUGACCGAUUUGACCAAAGCACAGCCGACGCAACGGAUGAUAGUGCUGAUGAUUUUGAUAGUUCGGAUGAUUAUGAUGAAGACGAAAAUGAGUUCUAUGAACGAGUUAGAAAUGAUUGGGAGUGGCUUAGUUUACGCUAUGAAAGAAGACUAAAUGAGCUCUUAAAGAUGAUCAAAAAUACUAACACCAGUAACAACAAUGUGAAUAUCACAAACAAAGUUAACGUCAAUUUAACUCCAUUUUUAUCAUUCAUUCCAAACAUCAUGCAAAGUUUUUUAACAAAUCACCUCGAUAAAACUAUUAUAAAUGGGUCUGGUUUAUCUAUCGAUGGUUUGGACACUGCUGAACAGAAUGGACCAAUUAUACCUGAUUCUGAUUUCUAUGGAAAUAUAAUAGAACUGAUGAAAAAUGGAAUUUUUGAAGGUGAUGUUCCCAUAAUGUUUUGUGAUAUCUCAGGAUUCACAAAUUUGACACAAAGAAUUGAGAAUUCAGAAGACCCACAAUCUGUGGCCAACUUAGGUAGAUUUUUAAAUGACUUCUUCGACCCAAUUAUCAAUUUAAUAUAUCACUUUAAUGGAGACAUAAUCAAGUUCUCAGGUGAUGCCAUUCUAGCAAUCUUUUGUGAUAGUGACAAAAGUGCAUUAUUAUCUCAUAAUAACACCAAGGAACUGAGUGUAAAUAAUACCGAUUUCAAUUCUGAUAUUGAACAAGAAAAGGACUUGGAAAGAUGUUUAAAUUGCAUAAAAUGCUGUAUUGAAUUGCACAACAUAUUAAAUAAUUAUCCAAUUCAUUAUCGUAAUUAUGAAACCACCCACAGCUCAGAGGACGUGUCAGAUAAUAUAACAAUACACAUAAGUUGUAUUUACGGAAAUAUAAAGAUAAAGUUAGUUGGCGGUAUAUUUGAACGUUACGAAUAUGUUGUAAUCGGUGAUGUACUAAGUGAAUUAAAAGUACUAUCAAACUUAUCCAAAUCUAGUGAAACUGUCUUAUCGCCUACCCUGUACAACAAAGUUAGAGACUAUAUCCAUACUCAACAGGUUAUUUUCGAUAAUAAUACCUACCAUAAGUUAUUAUCAUUGGGAAAUGAUGAAAAUAGUCCUUCUCAGUCUGAUAUUCAUGAUUUUUUCGAUGAUGAUAAUUUCUCAAUGGUUACUCAAAAUUCUCUUGGUACCUUAAGUGAUGUUGCUGUUACCUAUCGCUUGGACAUUACUAAUAACUUUGAUCAUAAAAUUGACCCAUCUAAUCUUGUUGUUGAUAACUCAUUAUUACUGAGGUUGUCUGAAAUCAAUCAAAAAAAUGAUAACAUAAUAAUAAAAUUGUUGAAGUUUUUCAUGCCACGUUAUAUAUACAAUAGGCUGUUGAUUAACCAGUUUAAUAUUUGCAAUAAUGAAAUGAGAAAAAUCACUAUCAUAUUCAUCAAUUUCAGGAUCAAUACUACCAGUAACACAGUUACCUCCAAUAAACUUCCUUAUAGCACUAUUACUGAUGUGGCAAAUACCAACAAAAGUACUACAUCUUCUCAGGAUACUAACGUGGAUUCUACCAAUACUGAUAAAAACCCCGUUAAACAUACUUGCGGUGUGGAUAGUGGAGUAUUAAAUGAGAUAAUGUUAAUAUGCCAAAAGUGUACAUAUUCCUAUGAAGGUACAAUAAACAAAUUAAUAGUAGAUGAUAAAGGGAUAAGUAUAUUAAUAUUUAUGGGAUUUCCUCCACUAUUCCAUGAAGAUGAUGCAUUUAGAUCAAUACUACUUUCAUUAAAAGUGGUUAAAAUGAGUAAGAAGAUUGGAUUCAACGUUGGUAUAGGGAUUUGCACAGGUAAAGUCUGGUGUGGGUUGUUAGGCAAUAAAUUAAGAAAUGAAUUCACAUCAAUUGGAAAUAUAGUCAACAUAUCCAAUAGAUUAAUGAUGCAUUCUUUUAAUAUACAGCAACUUGUUAAUUCUGAUAACCCACAAAUUCCUGAAGAAAAUACUAAAGAUAAGAAUGACGUUGCCAAGGUCCAGAAUAGUUCUAGUAAAUCAGGUUCAGAUCUUUAUAACAUAUUAAUAGAUGAGAACACUUAUAAUGAAUGUUCAAGUAUGAUAGAAUUAUUGGAGUUGGAGAAAAUUAAAGUAAAAGGUAAAGAUGAGAAAUUAGCAGUUUAUACCCCAACUGGUAAACUAAAGAUACAUAGUAAUGAUGAUAUAAACACAUCAGAUAACAAUAUUGUCAAUGACACUAUCAUUAAACAUUUGUAUCAUAAUACUGAGCUGAUAUCUCUAUUUUCCACAUAUAAGGAGAAUAACACAACAUCAACUUUACUUGAAGAAUCUGAGGAAAAUCAUAUAAUUGUUAUAAAUGAUGAAACCACAAUGAAUAAUAGGUUAAUUCACAAGUAUAUAGACAAUAACACAGAUGAUGAUUAUAAAGUGUUAUAUGUCAACUAUGACAGUAACAGAUUGAUCUACAACACCUUAGAACACACCUAUAAAUUGUUGAUACAUAAAAUUAUAUCAUUGUACAAUAACAACUCAAUUUCUAGAAAUGGGUUUGAUAAGUUUAAUGAUGGAGAUACCGAUGAGCAAGUUUCUUAUUUAAAAAUCGAGGAGUCUUUGAAGAUGUUACUUAACCCUAAGUUACAUUGGUAUAUUAAUAUACUAAAUAAACUUAUAGAUAACAAGAACAGUGAUAAUAAAUUGCAACAGUUACUAAGUAACACCUAUAACAGUAACAAUGUAAACGCACUCCAGUUAUUACUAAACGGUACUCAAACACUCAAUAAUAUACCUACAAGUAACACUAAACCUCGAGAUGUCAACGUACAGGAUAUAAUAAACAGUGAAAUGGAUAACCUUGAAAGUUAUAUAUACUCACUAAUUAAAGGAAUUAAUCUUUAUUAUAAUAUUAUAUUAAUUGUCAACAUCGUCAAGGCAAGCUCAGUUAAUUCAAAGGAAAAUAAGGUUCAACUUAAUAGCGGAGAACAGCUUAAGGGGGUUCAUAUAGAUAUGGCUAGAAUUGACAAGCUACUUAAAAAAUUGAUAAAAUACAACGAAAAACGACGUAAAAACCCAAAUAGUAAUAAAUUUACAUUGGUAGUAUUGAAUAAUGACCAUACUGUUCAUGGUACCAAAGACCCUGUUGGCAUAUCAACUAGUAAGAUUAUAGAUAUAAAAAGACUCAAGAAAACUGAACUAAAGAAUGUGUUAUCAAAUAUUAUGAAUGAGAAUAUUAUCAAUAAUCCUAGUGAUGGAGGUUCUGAGUCAAAAGAAGUUCAUGAUAGUACACACAUAGAUUUGCUGGUUGAUAACGUAUAUAACAUAACAAACGGUGUUCAUUCCAUAACUUAUGAGUUUAUCAGAUAUUUGAUCGAUAAUAACUUCAAUUAUGACAAAUUUUCUAAUCACCUUUACAAGUUUUUCCACACUACAAACAAAUCAGUUGAUGAUAAAGAUGUUAAUGAUGGCUCAGGUAAAAGUGAUUCAAUUGGUUUAGAAGAAAAACAGAUAAUAAAACUGGUUCAUAAUUAUUACGAGUAUAAAUUGAAUGUGAUAAAAAGUGACGAACUGUUUAUACUAAAAAUUUUAACCAUAUUAAAUAAGCCAAUAGGAAUGAAUCAACUGGGCCAUAUUUUAUCUAAUCACAAGAAUAACAUUCUUCCAGAAAAUAUCUCAGUUGAUGCCCCUCAAGUGUGUAAAAAAGUUGAUGUGGAGGUGCAUGUGAACGGGUUGUUAUUGAAUAACCUAAUAGAAUCUGGCGAUGAAAACGGAGUAAUAUUUGUUAACAAUAAAAUAUUAAAGGGGAUUAUUUCAAAUAUCAUCUUACCUGAUGAGAAACUACGCAUUAUCGACAAUCUCGCAUUACACACCUAGGAAAUCACCUUAAAUACCCACCAGACUAAUACUUUUCUCUCAUUUUAUGCCAUUUAUCAGAGUGUAAAACUGGAAUUAUAUUUACCAAACCCAAUACACAACUUCUAUGUUCUAAUGUAGUAAUUUAUACAUAUGAU